CGUAAUUGGUAGUGUCGUUAGCUAAAAUGUUUUAUAAUUAUUAAAAUACGUCUUGUUACUUAAUGAAAACCAAUUAUUCGAUGUCUUAGAAUAGUAAUUACCUCCCCGUCAUACAAAGUUUAUUUAUGUCGCCUGUUUCUCCAUUGAUAUUACUAAAUUAGGUUAGGUGCGGUGGUGUCAAGUUCUAAAGGUUACGGAAACUGCGAAAAUGACUUUUCCCGAAGGUCCCGGGUACGCUAAUUACGAUUCAGUGCAGCCUCGGGCCGAACCGGCCAACGGAGUUCUACAGGCCUAUAAAGAUGGUGGCGUCAAAGCGGGCGCGAGCCGCGCCUUCCGCCUCGCCUACGGAGUCCUAUCCCGCCGAAAAGCCGCAGAAGAGGGCGCAGCGCGCCUCGCCCGUGUUCUAUCUGCCUUGGACUUAACAGCGCUUGGUGUGGGAAGCACGCUGGGGGUUGGAGUGUACGUGUUAGCUGGAGAUGUAGCCAAGAACUAUGCAGGACCGGCGGUUAUAUUAUCCUUUCUACUCGCUGCUGUGGCGAGUGUUUUUGCUGGUCUCUGCUACGCCGAAUUCGGCGCUCGCGUGCCUAAAGCUGGCUCGGCCUACGUGUACAGCUAUGUGUGCGUCGGCGAGUUCAUCGCCUUCAUCAUCGGGUGGAAUCUUAUAUUGGAGUAUAUUAUAGGUGCCGCAUCGGUAGUAAAAGCCCUCAGCGAAUACUUGGACUCACUGCUGGAUAAAGCCAUCUCGACCAACCUGCAAGCGAUGAUGCCAAUGGACUCGCCACACUUGGCAAGAUAUCCGGACCUCUUCGCGUUCUCCGUCAUCAUGCUAUUCUCAGUGGGUCUCGCAUUUGGCGUGAAGGAGUCUACCAAGUUCAAUAACUUCUGCACGGGUGUCAAUCUGUGUGUCGUGCUGUUCGUCAUUAUCUCUGGCUCUUUCAAAGCUGACAGCAAGAACUGGCGUAUCCCUGAGUCCGAGGUGCCUAAAGGAGGCAAAAACUUUGGAACCGGAGGUUUCGCGCCGUACGGCAUCGCGGGCAUCAUCAAAGGUGCUGCUGUCUGCUUUUAUGGCUUUAUCGGUUUCGACUGCGUGGCGACAGCGGGUGAGGAAGCGAGACGACCACAAAAGACUAUCCCUUUCGCCGUCGUGGCGUCACUUCUAGUCGUGUUCCUCGCUUACUGUGGAGUAUCGUCCGUGCUGACACUCAUGCUGCCCUAUUAUAUGCAGGACGAAAAAGCGCCUUUUCCGUUCGUGUACGAGCAGCUGGGCUGGCCUUGGGCCAAGUACGCCGUCAGCGUCGGCGCCAUCUGCGCGCUCUGCUCCAGUUUAUUAGGAGCAGUGUUCCCUCUACCCCGCAUCAUAUACGCCAUGUCAUCUGACGGUCUGCUGUACCGGUUCAUGGGCCGCGUCAGCGAAAGGUUUCAGACACCGCUAGUGGGCACUAUGGUCGCUGGAUUAUUCACAGGCACGUUGGCCAUGAUCUUCGAGUUGGAGCAGCUGAUCCACAUGAUGUCCAUCGGCACUCUACUGGCCUACUCCAUGGUUGCCUCCUGUGUGCUGUUGCUCAGGUAUGAGCGCAGCGUGUCCGCCCAUAAGGCUGUGGAGCCACUGAACCUCACCAUCCGCUCCGCUCUUCGACAACUAGUAAACGCGGACAGUCACGCCACACCCACAAGGCUCAGCGCUCUGACUGUCAGCGUCUUAGUUACUCUCUAUGGUGUGUGGUGCUUUAUAAUGAUGUCGUGUGUGAACCACUACGGCACUCGGGUCUGGUCGGAGCCUGCCGCGCUGGCCAUGUUAACCGUCGGGACAACACUCGUGCUCGCUACACUCUUCGCUAUAUCACGACAACCCGUGUCUGAGAAGAAACUCGCUUUCUCUGUCCCGCUGGUGCCUUGGUUGCCAGGCCUCAGCAUCCUCAUCAACGUGUAUCUGAUGCUGAACCUGGACUACAUGACGUGGCUACGUUUUGCUGUCUGGAUCGCUGCUGGUCUUAUAAUCUACGUGACGUACGGCGCGUGGCACAGCUCGGAGCGCCGACGAAGCCCCGACGUGCAGAUGUCGGUGUUACACAACGACAGUCACACCGCCCUGCUGGCCCACAACGCGCUCGGCUGACCGGACCC